UCGUCCUCCUUCAGUUCAGCUGUAAAUACUGGAAUAUUCCCAUCAGUCUACUAGUGAAGACGAGCAUCAGACCAUCAGGAAGAAGGGAAAUCUGCAAAGACAGAGUUUAUUGAAGGACAGUGAGAAGAUGAGUGAUCCAGAACCCUGCAGAAUUAAACAGGAAGAGACUGAAGAACUCAUAGAUGUGAAGGAGGAGAGUGAAGAACUGAGUGAAGAUGAGGAGAAACAUCAGGUCAAACCUGAAGAUGAAACUCAAUCGGAGACUGAACAAAGUAUUUUAAUGGAAAGAACAGCUGUUAAAGGUUUGACCUGCACUCAGUGUGGAAAGAGUUUCAGGGACAAACACAUUCUCAAGCAUCACAUGAUGAUCCACACUGGAGAGAAACCUUACAAGUGUUCACACUGCAAUAAGAGAUUCAGACAUUCAGGACACAUGAAAACACACGAAAGGAUUCACACUGGAGAGAAACCAUACAAGUGCUCACACUGCGGGAAGAGUUUCAGUCAUUCAGGACGCUUUAAAAUACACAAGACGAUCCACACUGGAGAGAAACCGUACAAGUGUUCACACUGUGAGAAGAGAUUCAAUAAUUCAGGACACCUGAAAACACACGAGAAGAUUCACACUGGAGAGAAACCGUAUUGCUGCGCUGAUUGUGGGAAGAGCUUCUCACAAUUAUCUUCUCUACAAAGACACACACUAAACUUUCACAACCCGAUGGUGAAGGAGGAGGAAAGUGUCAGUGGUCAAUAUCCAUGCUCUGAGUGUGGAAAGGGUUUCACUCAACAAUCAAGUUUAAACAGACAUCAGAGGACUCACACUGGAGAGAGACCGUACACAUGCACUCAUUGUGGGAAGAGUUUCACAGAAUCAGCAAACCUUAAUAGGCACCUGAAAAUCCACACUGGAGAGAGACCGCACAGAUGUGACCAAUGCAGCAAAACAUUUUUGAGUUCUUCAGGUCUGAAGAGACAUCUUGGAGUUCAUACAAAUGGGAAGCCUUAUUCGUGUUAGUGUCGAAAGAGUUUUAUUAAACCUGGAAGCUUGAAACUACACCUGGUAAUUCACACUGGAGAGAAACCGUACACAUGUACUCAGUGCGGGAACAGUUUCACACAAUCAUCAAACCAUAAUAAACACAUGAAGAUUCACACUGGAGAGAAAACCAGCUAGGUUUCUAUCCAAAGAUGCAAAUUAGAUUCAUGUGCAAAGCUGGAACGUCACACAAAACAUUUGUGAAUAAAGCAGCAUUUCCAUCAAACGAGUCAAAGAGAACUAAAUCGGGUCUGAUAAACUAAUUAGCAUUCAUUAUUAUUGAUAGCUAUCAUGAUGCAGUGUUUCCUCUAGGAUUUUUUCCAGCUGUGGCGGCAGACUCUGUUGGGGGUUUUACACAGAUCCACCAUCUACCUGUGGCGUUAUUUCAUUGACAAAUGUCAUGAGCGCAGUAUUACAAGUCGAGAUCACAUUCAUGUAAUACAAGCGAAUCUCUGUACUCGAGUGCCGAUUUCUUCUGUCCGUGCACGCCCUCAGAUAUACGCUGCUCAAGUUCAGAUUUUCUUGUGCGCUCUCAAAUAAACACUGCUGAAGUGUGAUUUAGUGUGUUUAUGUAACGAGUUUGUCUCCAACGUUUAUUAGAUUUGCUAGGAAUACUUGUGAAUGUCUCCAAUAGACCUACAGAGCGGCAUUAAUGACUUUGACUUUAUUAAUCCCCAAAGGGAAAUUCACAUGUCACAGCAGAGCUCUCCAUACUAAAAAUAAACAAGUUACAUAUAUAUGAAAACAAUAAUAAAAUUACAUUUCAUACCGCACACCUUAGUUCCAAAAACAACGAGUAAACACUUGACCAUAUCUAUUAUCCA